GUUGUGUACGUCGUUGAUGACAAACUGUGACGCGGUCGCGACAUAGAGCGGAACCGAACAGGUGUCGGCAAGCGUUAUGUUUGGCACAUGAGUUAUGUGACAAUGGGGUGCCAAAGUUUAGUGAUGUGGCUGAAGCGGUGGCAGUUAAUUGUUUUAGGAAUUUCAGUGUUACUUCAAUGUACAGACUCUGUGGACGUGAAUCUACCGAGUUUCGUGGGGGAGGGCAGCAAUGUGACCGUGGCGGUCGGCAGGGACGCCGCCAUCACCUGCAAGGUCGACAACCUGCAAAUAUACAAGGUGGCGUGGCUGCGCGUGGACACGCAGACGAUCCUGUCCAUCGGCAGUCACGUGAUCACGAAGAACCCUCGCGUGGGCGUAGCGCAGGGCGAGGGCGCGUGGACGCUGGCGCUGCGCGGCGUGUCUCCCGCUGACAGCGGCCGCUACAUGUGCCAGCUCAACACGCAGCCUAUGAUGAGCCAGGUGCACCGUCUACAAGUCGUAGUACCGCCGGACAUCGACGGCAAAGCGAGCAGCAGCGACGUGACGACGCGGGAAGGCACUAGUGUCGCGUUGCGCUGCCUCGCCUCAGGCAACCCUUCGCCUACCGUCACCUGGCGCAGAGAGGACGCCGCGCACUUCACACUGGAUGGCAAAGUUACUGUUUCCAAAUGGACCGGUGAAUGGUUGAACAUAAGUGCGGUGCAACGAGAAACGUCAGGAGCAUACCUCUGUAUAGCCUCCAACGGAGUGCCGCCAUCCGUCAGCAAGAGGAUACAAGUCAUUGUCAUGUUUGCGCCGCAAGUGUACGCCGAGGCGGUGGCGAUGCGCGCUGGGGCAGGUAGCGCCGUCACGCUGCGAUGUCGCGCCCACGCCCACCCGCCGCCGCAGACAUACUGGACGCUAAACGGAGAACAGCGGCUAUACAAUGGGUCAAAAUACGUAAUAACGACUACAGUGAAGGACUCUAUAUACUCGAUGAGCCUGAGAAUUGUGAAGAUGGCGCGCGCAGAUGCCGGCGCUUACCGCUGCCACGCAGAGAAUGCCCUCGACAGGGCCCACGCAGAUCUCUUCCUACACUUGAUGACUACAACAUCUACCACGACGACAACGUCAACAACCACAACAACAACCACAACUACCACCACCACCACCACAAUCCCACCGCCGACCACCAAUACCAUAGCAACAUUACGCUCAGAUGCGGCGGAGGGGGAGUUGGAGGAGCUGCACCGGGGGGUGAUGUCCGACCCCGCGGAGGAGGGCGCCUACGUCGUACUUAGCCAACAACACAUGCAAAACCUUGAAAUGAAGACGACGACCUGACCGGAGGCGGGUGGCCACGACGACGCGACCUGGAGUGACCGCUGGCCACCGCUACGUGACGCGGCCACCUCGGCUGCGGCCACCUGGCUGCCCUGUCUGCUCCUCAUCGGUGUUCUAGCGUGAUAUCGCGGCCACCUGUCUCCUGUACUCGUGAGUGAUUCCUGCCCAUAUACGGACUUGUAGACUUAAGGAACUGUGUACAUAAACCGUUUAAUACGUAUAUAAAAUACGUAUGUGUGUAAUUCGUAAUUCGUU